GACGAGAACAUGAUGCGGCUGGACUGGAACUACCUGGGCGACAGGGGCACCAAGGAGAUCUUCUCCUCGGACUUCGCCAUGCAGUUCGCGCUCGCGGCCAGGGGAUGGCGCAUCGAGCCGUGGGAGGAGACGGCCCAGAUGGACAAGGACAAGGACGUCCCGCUCACGGGGCCUGCGGACUCCGCUUUCAGGCACUACUGCUCGUGCUAUCCGGGCGGCAAGCCCACCUACAACCUCCGCAUGCAAAGGGAGGACGAGCGAUUGGUGAGGCAGGGUCCCUCGAAGCACGCCCGCCUGAACUCCGUGUGCCAGCUGUGCUACUCCCUGGAGAGAUACACCCAGAACUGGGGCUCCGCAGAGUGCACGAACCGCAUCUCCUUCAACUACUCGGACCUGCUUAUGAGCAGGUACCACCCCGAGCUGAAGGAGGGCAAGUGCGAGGUGCCCCUGCUGUGCAACCCGAACGACCCGCAGUUCCGGGCGGCGCAUGCUUUCAUGGGGCCGCCGAGGCGCCGGUGGCGCUGGGCCCUCGCGGCCGUGGCGUGCGCGGCCUCGGAGGCGGGCCCGCCUGCGGCGGCCGCUCGGGCGCCGCGGGCGCGGGGCGCGCCCCUGCUCUGGGAGGUGGGCGGCCCCCCGGUGCGGUCGGAGGGGCGCUACGUGGUGAGCUCCACGGGGGAGAGCGGAUCAAGUGGGCGUGCGUGAACUGGUACGGGCCGCAGAGCGAGAAGUACGUGGUUGGAGGCCUUGAGGUGGCCCCGCUGGGCGAGAUCGUGGAGCGGAUCGUGGCGUUCGGAUUCAAUUGCGUGCGCCUCCCGUACUGCACGCAGGCGCACGUGGACAACCCGGUCGUCCAGGACGAGGACGUGUUCGCGAACCCGCAGUUCCAGGGCGGGAGGCGUUUCCUCGAGGUGUGGGAUGCGACCGUCGAGGCUCUCACGUCCGCGGGGCUGAUGGUCAUCAUCAACAACCACCUUCACGUGUGCGGGUGGUGCUGUUAUUACGCUCAGGACGAGGGCCUGUGGUAUGUCCCCGGCUUCCCGGAGUCCGUCUGGAUCGAGAGCCUCGUCAACAUGACCGAGCGACACCAGAACGACUCCAUGGUCGUCGCCAUGGACCUCCGGAACGAGGUCCACGACUACGAGGAUACGUGGCUGACCUGGGGCGACGGCAACGAGAAGACCGAUUGGGCUGCAGCCGCGACCCGGGCGGGUAACGCGGUGCUGCGGGCGAACAGCAACAUUUUCCAUGUGGUCAUGGCCCUGUGUUCUGGCAUGGACCUCAGGGGCGCCAUCGACAGUCCCAUCAACCUCUCGGUCAGUCGGCGGUUGGUCCUUCCUUGGGCCCCCCUGCAAUCGCACAACUACGUCGAGUUCCAGUGGUGGGCUUACGUCUCGGCGAACGUCGUCUCCUGGAAGACGGUGCAGGUCGCCAGCGCGUUCGCUGGGCUGCUCUUCUCCUUCGCGACGUGGCUUCUGCUGAGGGCCUGGCGGGCGCUGGCGAUGCCGCGCCCGCCCCGCAGCGCGUGGCUGGCCGUCGCGGGGGCUUGGUGGCUCGCGGCGUGCGCGCUGUGCGCGGGCGGUGCUGGCGCGAUCUGGUUGGUGAUGACGAGGUUGGCGACGCCGGCGGCGGGCAGGAGGGACGUGCUCCCGGCCAUCGUCAGCUCCUGCGCCCUGGCCUCCGUGGGGGUCGCCCUCCUCGGCGCCGCCUGCCUCGACGCCCGCGCAGCGCGGAGGGGCAGCGCCGCACCCGCCCGCAAGGUCGCCGCGGCGGCGGCGGCGAAGGUGGCCGCCGCGGUCGGCGAGCUGGUCGCGGCCAGGCCCGCGCCCUUCGCGCUGGGCAGGGCGCGGCCUGGCAGCGGCAUGGACGACCUGGCGGCGACCCCGGCGCGCCCUGAGCAGGUGGUCCUCGAGGUCCCCAGCGCCUGCCGGCAGCAGCCCGCUGGCGCGCCAGCGGUCUGCUGCGAGCCCGGCUGCUCUGCUUGCGGCCUCGCGUGGGCGCGGCCCGCGCGCCCGUGCGGCGGGCGGGAGGAACACCGCUCCAGCCGCCCCCGUGGGACUGCGGGCUGUGCUGCGGCCUGCAGUGCCUGGUGCUCUCCGCCUCCCUGGCGGUCGUGUGCGCCGGGCUCUUCGUGUGGGCCUGCAUGGCGCCCUCCUACUGGCUGAUGCAGCAGCACCUCGACAACAUGUGGGGCUUUGCCCUGCAGCCGGGCUACGACUACACGGCUCCCGUCUGGAUGGGCGAGUUCGGCACCGGUCUGCCCAGCAACCACUGGCUGCACUUCUCGCACUACCUGGCCGCUCGCGACGUGGACUUCGCCUACUGGGCUCUGAACGGUAAGUGGGCGGAUGGGUACAUCGACAUCAAUACCGGGGACUUCAUCCGCUACGCGAAGCCGAGGUGGGAGCAGGAGUGGUUCGGGAUCCUCGAGGACGACUACAGGAC